CCUCAAUUAAUGAUCACAUAUGUCCCUAUAGUCGAACCCCACCUAGACGGAGAUAUGAAAAUAAAAAUAAAUAUGGUGAGAUUUAACACAUGUGAAAACAAUCAGACGCACUUAGAGAGGGAAAACUGAACAAAAAUGAUUUGUUCAUGAUAGUAUGGUGGCCCGUGAGUGAGUGAGCCAAGUCUUAACAGCCUUAUAUCGUCACCCUCUCAUUACAUGACAAAAUCCCAACUCCCACGUAUGGACAAAACCCUGAAGAAAAAUUCAACGGAAGUAGCCCACUCUCUUCCUCUCCUUUAUAUCACAUCUCUUACUCUGCCUCUCCCCUCUAUCGAUCUACCUGAAGAAAAAGGCAGAACAAGGGACAUCAAGGGAGGAUUAGACCUUUUUGUAGCUAUGAAAGAGGUUGUUUAAUCAUUGAUUGUAUUGCUCUUCCAACCUCUUUAUCAAUGACAACUGAUAAAAAAAGAAAAAGGCCUAUCUGGCAAAAGGAAGAUUCUCUCUUGCACAAUUUGACUUCAGCUUAAUUCUCCCAGGCACUCUCACCACUAUUGGAUCGUUUCCCAAUGCCAAGGUACCCACUAUCAGUCUGGUCUCUUUCUCUCUACUGAUUGUCUGAUUCCUAUUUCUCUCUCCUUUUUGUUCACUCUUUCUCGACUUAAUUUGUACACAUCCUUUUUCUUUCACUCAAUUUUUCUUUGCCCAUUAUGCAAUCCACUGAAACCCCACUACCGCACUGGCACCAAAUCAUCACUCCAUUCUCAAAUCCCACCAUGAACAUAAACCAAACUCAAAGGACCCGUCACUGGCCUGGAUUCCCUACAUCAAAAUCCUUAAGAAGCUUUGGAGAUGCUAAUUGCAUGGAGCAGCUUUUAGUCCACUGUGCAAAUGCAAUUGAAAGUAACAAUGCCACUUUAUCCCAACAGAUCGUAUGGGUCCUAAACAACAUUGCACCACCAGAUGGAGAUUCAAAUCAACGCCUAACUUUUGCUUUCCUAAGAGCCCUUAUCGCACGUGCAACCAAAAGUUGUACAUGCAAACUUCUUGCUGCGAUGGCAAAUGCUCACUACAACUUAGCCUUACACACACAUAAAUUCUCUGUCAUUGAGCUUGCUAGCUUUGUUGACGUAACCCCAUGGCAUCGUUUCGGUUUCACGGCAGCAAAUGCUGCAAUUUUAGAAGCUGUUGAAGGGUAUUUAGUUAUUCACAUUGUAGAUUUAAGCUUGACACAUUGCAUGCAAAUUCCAACUCUUAUCGAUGCUAUUGCUAAUCGGUUCGAGGUGCCCCCAUUAAUUAAGCUUACUGUUGCUGGUGCCACUGAGGAUGUACCACCUAUGCUUGAUCUUUCUUAUGAAGAGUUGGGCUCAAAGCUGGUCAACUUUGCUUGGUCACGAAACGUAAUAAUGGAAUUUAGAAUCAUUCCUUCAAGUUAUGCAGAUGGGUUCUCUUCCUUGAUCGAGCAGCUUCGAGUGCAACAUUUAGUGCAUGCAGAAAGUGGUGAGGCACUAGUCAUAAACUGUCAUAUGAUGCUUCAUUACAUACCUGAAGAAACCCUUUCUGAUUUUCCUAGUUCAAAAUCAAAUCCUUAUUCUUACGAAUCUUCAUGUUCCUCUAUGUCCUCUUUUAGGACAACGUUUCUCAAGUCUCUAAGGAGUUUAGACCCUACAAUUGUUGUCUUAGUAGAUGAAGAUGCAGAUUUAACAUCAAACAAUUUGGAUAGUAGACUAAGGUCAGCUUUCAAUUAUCUAUGGAUACCUUUUGAUACAGUGGAUACAUUUCUUCCAAGGGGUAGUAAGCAAAGACAGUGGUAUGAAGCUGAUGUAUGCUGGAAGAUUAUGAAUUUAAUAGCACAUGAGGGUCUGCAAAGAGUGGAGCGACUUGAACCGAAAAUCCAGUGGAUUCAGCGGAUGAGAAAUGCAGACUUUCGAGGCAUUUCAUUCGCUGAAGAUGCGAUUUCUGAAGUUAAGACCAUGCUUGAUGAGCAUGCAGCAGGAUGGGGACUGAAGAAGGAAGAUGAUGAUCUUGUACUCACCUGGAAAGGACAUAAUGUUGUAUUUGCUAGUGCUUGGUUGCCCGUUUAAAUCUUCUUCAUAUCGGUUCUAUAAAUAAUUUGUUAUCUGAUGCUUUCUAUAAUCUUACUGGAGGUAGUCUCUAAUUUAAUUUUCUUA